GGUGCAGACGCGGAAGUCAGUAGAAAUGAAUGAUGGUUUAAGGCCUACACGAGGAGGCCCGCCCUUGAGGAGGGGCGGUCUUUUAACUGUCAUAUUCUAGUAGCUUCGAGAAAGACGCGUGGGGCGGCAGGAGGCAGAGAGUGGUUAUGGAGACGGCAAAUGAGUUAAAAGAAAAGGGCAACAAAGCUCUUGCGGAGGGCAAUCUGGAAGAGGCGCUGAGGUGCUAUACCGAAGCCAUUAAACAAGACCCCAAAAACCAUGUCCUCUAUAGUAACCGAUCUGCAGCCUAUGCCAAAAAGAGAGACUAUGCCAAAGCAUUGGAAGAUGGCUGCAAAACUGUGGAGCUCAGACCUGACUGGGGCAAGGGGUACUCUCGAAAAGCAGCAGCUCUUGAGUUCCUUAAUCGCUAUGAGGAAGCAAAGAAAACAUAUGAAGAAGGAUUGAGGCAUGAACCCACAAAUGCACAACUGAAAGAGGGUUUACAAAACAUGGAGGCCAGGCUUGCAGAGAGGAAAUUUAUGAAUCCAUUCAACUCUCCAAACCUGUUCCAGAAACUGGAGUCUGACCCUCGUACACGCUCCCUGCUUAGUGACCCCAGCUAUAGGGAGCUGAUAGAACAGCUAAGGAACAAGCCUUCUGAUCUUGGCACAAAGCUACAAGACCCUAGAGUAAUGACAACCUUAAGUGUGCUACUGGGAGUUGACCUUGGGAAUGUUGAGGAGGAGGAGGAAGAACCUCCCGCUCCACCACCGCCUCAACCAAAGAAAGAGGCAAAACCUGAGCCAAUGGAAGAAGACCUUCCUGAGAACAAGAAACAUGCUCUGAAGGAGAAAGAAUUGGGUAAUGAAGCCUAUAAAAAGAAAGACUUUGAGACAGCCUUGAAACAUUAUGGACAGGCCCAGGAACUGGAUCCAACCAACAUGACAUACAUUACUAACCAGGCAGCUGUAUACUUUGAAAAAGGAGAUUAUGAUAAGUGCAGAGAACUAUGUGAGACAGCCAUUGAAGUUGGAAGGGAAAAUCGAGAGGAUUACCGGCUAAUUGCCAAAGCCUAUGCACGUAUUGGAAACUCGUACUUCAAGGAGGAGAAGCAUAAGGAUGCAAUCCAGUUCUACAACAAAUCGUUGGCUGAGCACAGGACACCAGAUGUCCUCAAAAAAUGCCAACAGGCAGAGAAAAUUCUAAAGGAACAAGAGCGUCUUGCUUACGUUAAUCCAGAUCUUGCACUAGAAGAAAAAAAUAAGGGAAAUGAAUGCUUCCAAAAAGGAGACUAUCCUCAAGCUAUGAAACAUUACACAGAGGCGAUUAAGAGGAAUCCACAAGAUGCUAAGCUAUACAGCAACAGAGCUGCGUGCUAUACCAAGCUCCUAGAAUUUCAGCUGGCCCUCAAGGACUGCGAAGAGUGCAUUCGACUGGAGCCUGCAUUUAUUAAAGGCUAUACUCGAAAGGCGGCAGCCUUAGAGGCUAUGAAAGAUUACUCCAAAGCUAUGGAUGCUUAUCAGAAGGCUCUUGAUCUUGAUUCCAACUGUAAGGAGGCAGUUGAUGGCUAUCAGAGAUGCAUGAUGUCACAGUACCAUAGGAACGACAGUCCAGAGGAUGUGAAACGCAGAGCAAUGGCUGAUCCUGAUGUUCAACAGAUAAUGAGUGACCCAGCCAUGAGACUAAUACUGGAGCAGAUGCAGAAGGACCCACAAGCACUUAGCGAACAUUUAAAGAACCCAGUUAUUGCUCAGAAAAUACAGAAGCUGAUGGAUGUUGGUUUAAUUGCAAUCCGGUGAUUAAUUCUGCAUUCACCUCUGUAAAUCGAGUUAAGCAUUGAUCACCCCUCCUUAUACCUGGAAUCCUUUUUGUGUUCCUAAACCUUCCUCAAACAAAUCUUUUUGAAAAGAAGUCCUACCAUGUCUGUUAAUAUAAUUAUGGGAGGAAAGGGUACAGUGAGUUAUGUGAUCUAUCUAUUCAACUUAUUCUUUCCUCCUCUCUUGUAGUAAUAAUAAUAAAAGCAUGUGACAAUGACAUUAAA